CCUCUCAUUCUUUCCUUCUUUAAUAUUACACCCCACCAACCCCAAUCACACCCACCAUCAUGGCUCCCUCUCUUUUUCUUUCAUUCAUCCUCCGCCACCUCCUUCUUAUAUUACUACUCCUCCUGCUUCCUCACCGGAAUGUUCUCACACGCGCCGCCAGUGGCAGGUGGGACUUUCUCCUCUCCAACAUCGGCAUAUCAGCCAUGCACAUGCAACUCCUCUACACUGACCGCGUCGUCAUUUUCGACCGUACCGACUUUGGCGUCUCCAACAUAUCUUUACCCGCCGGAAAUUGCCGCAAUGACCCAAGCGACACUGCAUUGGUUAAUGACUGCACCGCCCACUCGGUGGAGUACGAUGUCGCUACCAACUCCAUCCGGCCACUCAUGGUGCUCACCGACACCUGGUGCUCCUCCGGCGCCGUCAUGCCCGACGGAACUUUGGUCCAGACGGGAGGGUACAAUGACGGCGAUCAUGCUGUGAGAUUGUACAAGCCGUGUACCAAUAAUUCUUGCGACUGGAGAGAAAUCAAUCCCGGGCUCACGCAAAGAAGGUGGUACGCCACCAACCAUAUUCUGCCGGAUGGAAGGGCUAUUGUUAUUGGUGGAAGGCGGCAGCACAACUAUGAGUUCUAUCCGAAAACAUCCCCGGGUGAUACUUCAUACAAAUUGGAUUUUCUUGUGGAGACAAAGGAUCCGAAGAUCGAGAACAAUUUGUAUCCAUUUGUUUUUCUGAACGUGGACGGGAAUUUGUUCAUUUUCGCAAACAAUCGAGCUAUCUUGUUCGAUUAUGUAAAAGGGACGGUGGUGAGAACUUACCCGACCAUACCGGGUGGGGAUCCGAGGAGUUAUCCAAGUACGGGUUCUGCAGUUUUGCUUCCAUUGACCGACAACGCUGGAUCAGCUGAAGUCUUGGUGUGUGGUGGUGCCCCAAACGGGGCUUAUCUUAGUGCCAUGAAUGGGAGCUUUGUAACGGCGCUUGACACGUGCGCAAGGAUCCGAAUAAACGAACCGAAUCCUGAAUGGAUCUUGGAGACCAUGCCCAUGCCUCGGGUCAUGGGGGAUAUGGUGCUAUUACCAAAUGGCAAUGUGUUGAUCAUCAACGGGGCGGGCUCCGGUGCCGCUGGAUGGGAGUUGGGUCGGAACCCAGUCUUAGCACCCGUCAUCUACCGACCCAACAAUCCAUUCGGGUCAAGAUUUGAAGUACAAAGUUCCAGUACUAUACCUCGAAUGUACCACUCAACAGCACUAUUACUUCGAGACGGUCGAGUUCUUGUUGGCGGCAGCAAUCCUCAUACUCACUAUAAUUUCACUGGAGUUUUAUUUCCCACUGACUUAACUUUAGAAGCAUUUUGUCCAUCAUAUUUGGAUCCAAAUUUUAAGAACUUGGGUCCAAGAAUUGUUUCUCCGACCGCACAAACCAAAAUCGGGUACAAUCAACAACUCACAGUUCUCUUCACAUUUCCGGACAAUCUUAAUCGUGACGCUUCGAUCAUGGUAACAAUGGUUGCCCCUGCAUUUACGACACACUCAUGUUCAAUGAAUCAAAGGCUGAUAGUACUCAGCGGUGGGAACGUGACAGCAGCUGAUGGGAGAUCCACAUACCAAAUUCGGGUCAUGACGCCGAGUUCGGGUAAUAUUGCUCAACCUGGAUUCUAUCUUCUCUUUGUGGUACAUCAAGAUGUUCCUAGUGAGGGGAUUUGGGUACAGAUAUCAUGAUGUGGACGUACUUCCUUUCUUGUUAAUUUGUAGAUAAUAAGAUAAGAUAGAAGUGAUUAUUUAACGUAGAAAGAAUAGGAGUGAGUUUUAAUUAUAGGAUGAAGUUGAAGGCAGUAGAUUCUUUUUUGUCAUAAA